AUGGUUCUUCAGUAUGAUGAAAAUGUUCGCAACCUGCUGUUUCGGAGAUCAUGCCAAUACACGCAGCGCGGACUUGUGGAUGCCUCUGUCCUCGAAGCUGAUCUUGUCGAGAGGGUGAAGAGCUUCGCGAAGCGUUAUCCGAACAGCAGGACAGCUCAGGCUUGCAAGGCUGUGGAGGGAUGCACCCCCGACGCUAUCGCAGAAGCCAUCCGCUCGACAUGUCAGCAGGCACGACGUGAGCUUCUACAAGAAGCGAUGACUGGAUGGAGUGACGCAUCCAGAGAGUGGUUUAUGCAGCAGAUUGAAGAAGCCAAGAAGGAGAAGGUCGAGACAUACACCGCCUCAGCAGGCAACGAGGUGACUUCCUUCAUCUCCAUGACUCUCCUGGGCAUCUCCUCGGUGUAUGUCAACCAAGAGGAGAACCUGAAGAAGAAAUUCGAAGAGAUCGGACUGAUCGUAGACUCAGUGCAAGAGAGUAAAGCAAUCAUGUGGAAGGCUCCGUAUAGACCCGAGAUAGCGAGUGCUGAGGAGAUCCCGGUGACUGUUUCCUUCCUCCGCAAUGCACAAGCGGAGAAGCUCUGGCAGCGAAGAGAGGACUUCGCGAUCGAUGGUCGCAAGUUCACAGCUGUACAUUAUGAUGAAAAUGUUCGCAACCUGCUGUAUCGGAGAUCAUGCCAAUACACGCAGAGCGGACUUGUGGAUGCCUCUGUCCUCGAAGCUGAUCUCGUCGAGAGGGUGAAGAGCUUCGCGAAGCGUUAUCCGAACAGCAGGACAGCCCAGGCUUGCAAGGCUGUGGAGGGAUGCACCCCCGACGCUAUCGCAGAAGCCAUCCGCUCGACAUGUCAGCAGGCACGACGUGAGCUUCUCCAAGAAGCGAUGGCUGGAUGGAGUGACGCAUCCAGAGAGUGGUUUAUGCAGCAGAUUGAAGAAGCCAAGAAGGAGAAGGUCGAGACAUACACCGCCUCAGCAGGCAACGAGGUGACUUCCUUCAUCUCCAUGACUCUCCUGGGCAUCUCCUCGGUGUAUGUCAACCAUGAAGAAAAGCUGAAGAAGAAAUUUGAAGAGAUCGGACUGAUCGUAGACUCAGUGCAAGAGAGUAAAGCAAUCAUGUGGAAGGCUCCGUAUAGACCCGAGAUAGCGAGUGCUGAGGAGAUCCCGGUGACUGUUUCCUUCCUCCGCAAUGCACAAGCGGAGAAGAUAGCGAGUGCUGAGGAGAUCCCGGUGACUGUUUCCUUCCUCCGCAAUGCACAAGCGGAUGUGAGCAUCGUGCACGAUCGAUCUUUCAAGAUUCGAGCCAAGAGAGGACCCUGGGGCAAAGGGGGCAGCUUGGCAGAGCUGACUCACCUGUUAACCUUUGGCGGCAUGACAACGGCUGAGAUAGCUGCCGUCUAUCGCUAUCAGCUGCUGCGCCAGUCCCUUGCAGCGGUCCAACUCCAGCCGCUGGCAGGCAUGCUGGUCGCUGGGGCGCCAGGACAGCAAGUCCACAAAGGCUUAGGUCAGAAAGGCUUCAUCGCUGUAGGGGCCAACGUCAUCUGGAGACAGAGGGAGGUGGAGUGGAUCGUCUCCUCGAGCUGCCCAGAGGCGAAUGAUACAGCAUUUCGAGCUUUCCGAGAGAGCGAAGCGAUGGAGGGAGUACACCUGACUCUGUUCAGCGAGGACCCGAAGAUCAGAGAGGCGCUCGCAGUCGAGUUGACAGCUGAUCGCUUUGUGUCCAGAAAUAAGUUGAAGAAGGCAUCAAGGAUGCAGAAGAAGGCAGGCGGCAAGGACGGCAAGGAGAUCAAGAUCAUCAUCAAGUCGACGGCGGCAUCUGGUCGCUUCACGAGGAAGGAGAUGGAGGGGCUGUGCAACGGCGGCAACACGUCUAUCGCAAGAGUCAAGAGAGUCUUGUUGGAGAUCGCUAACAGGCUCGAGAUCAACGUUGAAGGCAUCGACAUGGAGGAGGAUUUGAACACCAAGUCCUGGAACGGGUCCAAGCUAUGCAUCCUCCUCGGCUCCACGGAGGAUGCUCGACGCAUGAUGAAGGAGCUGCCCUUCUAUCUCGAAGGCGCAGCAACCAAGCUCGAAGCAGUCGGCUUCGACAAGGAGCCUGACUCUGAGGCGGCUGGUCAGCGGGGCACCAGCGACGCAGCGCAGCGACAGGAGGAGAGCGAGGGAGAGUGGCUGGAGUUUACAGACCUGGAGAGGAUCACAAUGGAGGCAGCAUCUCCGUCAAGCCAAGAGGACAUGCAGCUCGUCAGCGAGCUGUCAGCAGUCAUCGAAGAUGCAGCUUCUUUGAACGAGGCGGGGACGAGCGAGCCGAUCAAGCUGGUCCUGGACAAGGCCGUUGGCAACCUCCACGACACCUUCUACUCUCCGGGGAGCCUGGAGUUCAUGUCGCUGGGAGAGUGGGCGAAGAUGCCAGAGGAGCAGGGAGUUGGGCGCAACGUUCUCAAGGAGAAGCUGGGGAAGUGGCUGCAGAGCAAGCGCUGGACUCGCGUGCAAGGAGAGAGCAAGAAGGCAAGGAGGGGCAGCGCGUUCUCGCCACGGGCAACGGCAGCUGCUGAGCUUGAGCAGGAGGCGGAGAGCGACGACAUAGAGCGUCGAUCUCUUAGCUUCCUGUUCAUAGCACUGAGUAAAUUCGCAGAGAUGCAUGUGCUGGCCUGCUCGCUGAAGGUGGACAAGAAGGACCGACUGCGAGUGGAGAUGAGGGAAGAUGACGAAGAAGAGGAAGACAUGGAGGAAGAGCAAGGCGAGGGCGAGGAAGAAGACGGGGCGAGCCCGUACCGAGCUUGA